UAAGACUUAUUGAGUGUUUGACGCGAGACAUCCUGCUCUAUCAAAAUGAGAGCUAAAGGCUUAUCCAGCGUCAUUAUAGAAAUUGGCAUUUUAAUUCUCACCAUAACAAAAUUGAAUGGCAACGUAGUCACCGAUACUCCAACCAAUAAAGAAUCAAAUGAAGUUUACCAAAGAGAUAGGCCAAAAGAGAUCUUGGAACCGGAACUGCUGCCGGUACUUCAUGGUAACGACACUAGGUGUCGGAUAUCUGAAUACCUGUGCUCCAAUAAAAAAUGUGUACCGAUAAAUAGAUUUUGCGAUGGCUCCAAUGAUUGCGGCGAUUCUUCUGAUGAACCGAGGCAUUGUACACGUUGCAACAGAACCUAUUAUGGCGAUAUUGGGCGAACGUACGAGUUAGAGCUGCAUCGACCGAGAGAAGAUCUCAUUCCGUACGUUUGUUUGAUCACAAUCACAGCGCCUGGUGGUAUCCAUGGUGAUCUAGUGCAGGUUAGUAUUAACUUACCCAGUCAGAGAGCUCUGAAAUUGAGUGUUCUGUUGAUGAAACGACACCUAUGUAGGAACAUAUAUUUGAAUGAGGUAUAA